AUGGUGCGCCGGCGGCUGAGUGAUGCCGGGUGUGGCGGCCGAGGUGCCGGUCGCGGUUCGCGCGGAGGCUACGACGAGGUGCAGCCUGGUUCAGCCCCACGAGGAUCGCGAGGAGACAGACGUCCGUCUAAUCCGCUGGCUGCUGGCCAAGUCAAGCAUGUGGCUUUGAAAUGCCACAAUGGCAAGCACAUCAAGACCGAAUCCAACGAAGAGCUACGUGCCUCCAGCUCGGUCAUCAAGGAGCCAGAGAAGUUCGAGGUCGAGCAUUGCGAAAGUGAGUCGAUCUUCUUGAAAUCCCACAUGGGGAAGUAUUUGACGGUGGACAAGAACGGCGAUGUUCGUGCAUCAGGAGCAAUUGCCUCCGACGCGUCUGCCUUUCAAGUUGUGGCCCAGGAGAACGGUCUUGUCGCCUUGCGUAGCCACUGUGGCUUCCUGGCCGCUGAAGCAAACGGCCGCAUCCGUGCCAAUCGAACGCUGGUAGGAAGCUGGGAAAUGUUUGAGGUCAAGGACCGCUCUGGAAGGAGCAAAGGGAGGCCUAGUGAAGAACCUCCGCAGCCAGAUGAGGAAGACGAUGCACACAUCGCCUUCUUUGAUGCCUUCUGCCAAGUGGAGGCAGUUCUCACUGCGGAAGAGCGCUAUGCGAAGACCCACCAUGAUCGAACGUCCGUGCUGUUCGAGAAGCGGGUGCAGGCCCGACGGCGCGAUCGUGUGGAGUGGAGCUUGAAGCACUUCAUUGAAGAGAAGGAGUAUUCUCGGUCCUUCCGCGGCUGUUUGUCGGCGUGGGACAUCACGCGUGUGGAGAUGGAGGCAGAUGGCGAGCCAGACAUGCCCGCGGCGGAUGUAGAGGACGGCGACGUUCUGCGGCCAAGGGCACGCUCUGGGUCCGACUGCUCGGAGGUGGCCAGCUUUGAUGGCUUGGAGGCUGGCAGAUGCCAUUGGAGAAAGAUUCUCAGCGAGGAGCUUCCAUACUCUGCUCGCAUUGUUCCAGCCUUUGGCAUACCAGCAUCUGCGGCCGCAGACGCCGACGAGACAGCCUGGGAGCAUUUAUUCCGAGCGUGCACUUUGGGCCUCUGCAAAGCGAUCGGACCUGUUGGUGUCGACUGCCGCGCUCCCCCAUCCACCCUUGAUGAAGCGCUGGUGGAGCGAUUCGGAGGGCUGAGCGCGAAGUCUAUCCGGGAGAAGUUCGGUGCAGCACCAGGUCAAGCAUACGACGUCAGCAAGGAUCCAGCUUUCCUGGCCUGGAAGAAAGUGGCUGGCCCCACUACCCGUGCAGAGACCUGGGUGCUUCAGCAUGCAGAUCGCCGUUUGGCCGAGUUUGAUGCCGCCAGGUCAGAUUACGAGCGCCGACGGCUGACCGCACAGGUUUCUACUGCAAAGCGGCAACUUCAGAUGGCAAAGGAGCAUGGGCUACCGCUAAUUGUGCAGCUGCCACCGCAGGAUGAUGCGGAAAGGUGCAUGGCUGAGCUCUUGGUGGCCGUGUUCGGGGAGACUUCGGCACAUCCGAUCUUGUUGUCGGGCUUUCAUGGGAGACCGAAGUGCGCAGCCGCCUUUCUCCGCUCUUUUCCAGGUAUGAUGGUGGGCUUCAGCGGCCUCCUGACCCACAGCAAGCACAAGCCGACGUUGGGAGAAGUGGCGUUUGACGUGCCGCUCAAUCGCUUCGUCUUGGAAAGCCUGGGACCACAGUAUCCCCCGGCAGACUCCACAGUAGCUGGGGGCUUGCGCGGCAACUAUUCCCAUCCAGCUCAUGUGCUGGAGGUGGCCGAGGAGCUGGCUCGAGUCAAGCAGCUCAGCGCAAACGACAUUCUGCAAGCAGCUUUGGCCAAUACCACCAAACUCUUGAACAUAAUUCUCUAG